GAGCUGGCGGCAAAACUUCUCGAGUGAGCCCGUGCCUGGCGCGGUGACGGCGGCAUGUGCGAGGGCCCGUCCCGCAUCUCCGGGCCCAUCCCCCCAGACCCUACUCUGUGUCCUGACUACUACCGGCGGCCGGCCUCAGCCCAAGGGCGCCUUGAGGGAAACGCGCUGAAGCUGGACCUGCUGACCUCGGACCGGGACCUAGAUGCCACUGCUUCCCGUGGCCCCUGCAUCAGUUCUGGAGCCAGAGAGAUACUGGAGCGUGGCUGGCGUGGCGUGGGGGGCGUAUUGCUGCAACUCGAAGGGAUCUCCCUAGGUCCAGGGGCCUCUCCCAAGAGGAAGAACCCUAAAGACCAUGAGAAGGAGAACCUGAGGCGGAUCAGGGAGAUCCAGAGGCGCUUCCAAGAGCAGGAGCACGGCCGCCAGGAACAGGGCCAACCCAGGCCCCUGAAGGCUCUGUGGCGCUCACCCAAAUAUGACAAGGUGCAGUCCCGGGUCAAGGCCCAGUUGCAGGAACGUGGUCCUGCCUCUGGGACAGAGCCUGCCCACUUCCUGCGGGCGCACUCCCGCUGUGGCCCUGGGCUCCCUCCGCCCCGUGUCCCUAGUCCCCAACUGACCCCACCAGGUCCCAAAGCUAAGGUGAGAGGAUGUGUGGGACUGGAAGGUGGUUGGAAAGGGAUCCUGGGAGGGAGUGCAGGGGCACAACACAGUGCUGUCUGCCCCUAUCAUGCUUGCCAUGUCUUGCAGGCGCCAGGCCUAGGUGUGGACUUCAUUAGUCACAAUGCCCAAGCUGCCAAGAGGGCGCCCCGGCGGCAUUCUCGCUCACUGCAGGUCCUGGCACAGGUGCUGGAGCAGCAACGGCAAGCCCAGGAGCACUACAAUGCCACACAGAAGGGACAUGUGCCCCAUUACUUGUUGGAGCGCAGGGAUCUGUGGCGGCGGGAGGCUGAGGCCCGCCAGCAUAGCCAGCCAGAUCCUGCCGUGCCCCCUGGCCACACUUGCAUGCCUGAGGACCAGCGGCUGGAGACACUGAGCAAUCUGCUCCAGAGCCAGAGCCAGCUGCUCCGUGAGCUGGUGCUGCUGCCUGCUGGGGCAGACUCACUAAGAGCCCAGGGCCACCGUGCUGAGCUGGACCGGAAGCUGGUACAGGUAGAAGAGGCCAUCAAGAUCUUUUCCCGACCCAAAGUCUUCGUGAAGAUGGAUGCCUGAGCCCCUUUGUGGGGGUAGGGCAGGGAGGUCCAUGCUGAGGAUCGCCACAUGGCUGCAAAGGGCAGGGUCAGGCCCCAUCUUUAAUUGGAGGUCUAAAGAUAGGAGUUGUGAGGUGGGCAGUAUCCCUAGAGCAUUCUUCCCAGCCACCAGGUGCUGCAGAAAUGCCAUCCCAGCCUUUUAACCCCUUUAUCAAAAUUAAACCUAUUGUACACAGUGGA